AUGGCAACAAUCGUGUCCGAAAAGCUCAGCCGCCUCUUCAUCAGUGCCCAGCACUUCUGGAAAGUCCCUCGGCUGCUGGAGGAGGCCCUCCCCUCAGCCUCCUGCACGGUGGAGGCAUCGGACGUGCCCCGGCUUUUCCAGAAGCCCUACAUCCAGGCCGGCUACCGGCCGCUCAACCAGACCUGGAAGUACUACUUCCUGUCGCUUUUCCAGCGGCACAACGAGGCUGUCAAUGUCUGGACGCACCUGGUGGCCGCCUUGGUCCUGGUGGUGAGGUUCUGGCGGCUCUCGCAGGCGGUGGACUUCCUAGGCGACCCUCACACGCAGCCCCUCUUCGUCAUCGCCGCCUCCUCGGUCAUCUACACAACCUUCAGCACCCUGGCACACCUCCUGCAGGCCAAGUCUGAGUUCUGGCACUGUGCAUUUUUCUUCCUGGACUAUGUGGGCGUAGCCACAUACCAGUACAGCAGUGCUCUGGUGCAUUACUAUUACGCCAUUGAGCCCGAGUGGCACACAAGGGUUGCGGGCUUCUACAUCCCGGGAGCCAUUUUGCUUGCCUGGCUCUCGUGCGCCGGCUCCUGCUAUGCCAAAUACAGGAGCCCUCACCUCUCUUCCCUGCGGGGCAGGCUCUGCCAGGAAAUGCCCUCUGCCCUGGCGUACGCCUUGGACAUCAGCCCGGUGCUGCACCGCAUCUACGUCUCCCCUUCCUCCGGACUCACAGACGUGGCCGUUUUAUACCACAAGUGCCACGUCCUCUUUUUCCUGAUUGCGGCCUUCUUCUUUGCCUACCCCUACCCCGAAAAGUGGUUUCCCGGCAAGUGCCACUUUGUGGGCCAGGGGCACCAGAUCUUCCACGUCUUCCUGAUGCUUUGCACGCUUACCCAGGUGGAGGCGGUGCUUCUGGAUUACGAAACGAGGCGGCCCAUCUACUCACGGCUCCACGGCGACCUGGCUCCACUUUUUUCUUCCCUAUGCCUUCUUGUGGCAUCCAUCUGCUUCUUUACGGCCCUCCUCAUGACUGCCAGAGUGCAGCGCAAACUGCAUCGGAAAGAGGAGUGA